GUACACAACGAAUACGUGUUGCAACCCCGUGUAUUAUAGUAUUUAGUUUAGGAACACAACGUGACAACCUGUUACUUUAUAUACAGUACGCAGUUUAACAAUAACAGCGAACAUAUUCGUAUCAUAGAGGCUCGAAAAGUGCACUUGAUAAACAUGUAUGAGUUGUGUAUAAUUGUAUAAUUAAACUGAUUCCCUGUUUUUGCACGGAAAAGUUACUACGAUCUGGCUGUGAACAAUUAGCAGCAAGAACCCGACAUGGAUGCAGAAGAAUUUCGCCGCCGCGGAAAGGAGAUGAUAGACUAUGUGGCUGACUAUCUGGAGAACAUCCGCGAGCGACGCGUGUUUCCGGAAGUGGAACCAGGUUACCUACGGAAACUCAUACCGGGAGAGGCGCCCGAGGAAGGCGAAUCGUUUGAAAACAUCUUCAAAGACAUUGAACGUGUAAUUAUGCCAGGGGUCACUCAUUGGCACUCGCCCCACUUCCACGCCUACUUCCCGACCGCCAACUCCUACCCGGCCAUUGUGGCUGAUAUUCUUUCGGACGCCAUUGGCUGUAUUGGAUUCACGUGGGCUUCUAGCCCUGCUUGCACAGAACUAGAGGUCGUGGUUCUAGACUGGCUGGGAAAGAUGCUGGACCUGCCCGAGAGCUUCCUGGCGUGUUCAGGGGGAACUGGGGGUGGCGUCAUUCAGGGAACCGCAAGCGAGGCAACGCUGGUGGCGCUUCUUUCUGCGCGUGCGCGAGAAAUCUUCCGUUACAAGCAGACGAAUGGGCACGUUGACGACGGCGUGAUUAUGUCAAAGUUUGUCGCAUAUUGCUCUGACCAGGCACAUAGCUCGGUGGAGAGGGCGGGGCUGAUCGCCAGCAUACGGAUGAGGAAGUUGCCUACAGACGCGGACUGCUCCCUCAGGGGACAGACCCUACGAGACGCCAUCAAUAAGGAUCGGGCACAGGGGCUCAUACCUAUAUUUGUGUGCGCUACGCUUGGAACUACGCCAUCUUGCGCCUUCGACAAUGUUAAAGAACUUGGCACUCUAUGUCAAGGGGAAAGUAUAUGGAUGCACAUCGACGCUGCCUAUGCCGGAAGCGCUUUUAUAUGCCCAGAGUUCCGCCCCUUGUUGGACGGUGUUGAGCUUGCCGAGUCGUUUAAUUUCAACCCACACAAGUGGCUUAAGGUGAAUUUCGACUGUUCUACCAUGUGGGUAAAGGACAGUAACCUGCUUACGGAAGCCUUCAACGUUGACCCUCUUUACCUAAAACACGAUAAUCAGGGAGCGAUGCCAGACUACCGACACUGGCACAUACCUCUGGGUCGAAGAUUUAGGUCCUUGAAACUGUGGUUCGUAUUGCGUACAUACGGGCAGAAAGAACUCCAAAACUACAUCCGAAAGGACGUUACACUGGCACACCAGUUCGAGGGUAUGGUGGUGGCAGACGACCGAUUUGAGAUCGUGGGAAAGGUCGUCAUGGGACUCGUCUGUUUCCGGCUGAAGAAUGCUUCUAACGCAACCAAUGAACGUCUUCUGAAAGCAAUCAACGCGGACGGGCGCAUUCACAUGGUGCCUUCCGAGGUCCGGGGCGUAUACUUCCUGCGAUUUGCCGUCUGUGCAUCGCGAACGACUGAAAGUGACGUAUCGUUCGCGUGGGACGUCAUUCGGGAACUCACGGAGAGCGUACUAAAGGAUUCUGAUAAAAAAUAAAACAAUACUUUUGAUAUAGAACUUUAUUUUAUGCAUGGAUGUUUAUAGAGAAGUAUCAGUGAAUUAAAACUGACAAUUUACUUUAUCAAACAGUGACCAUUGACAGUGAAAAUUAUCGAUAUUGUUCACUGUUAUACUGUGAAAUGACGUCGUUUUCAUGACGUAACGAGGUCAUUAUUUCAACAAAAAUACAAAAUAAUCAUUUGUAUGCAUACAAUAAAAUGAAAAUGUGUUGGAUUUGGUAGAAUAUCACUUUUUAUUCACGAUUGAUCAUAGAGUUUUUUCUAUGACCGCGAACUCCAACAAAAAUCCUCUUUAUAAAUAAUAUUGAUUUGAAACUACAUAAUGAUACGUUUAUCGUAAACUUGUUAAAUAUUGGGAUUGCACGAUACAGGAUAAGUGUAAGCAAUAUUCUGUUGGCGAUUAAAACAAACCUUCGUGAUACCUUAUGGCUCAUUUAUAUAAAAUUUGACUUGAAAAUUUGUUAUACCGAUAAUACAUAAAAUGAAUAUGUUGCUAGUGACUACUUUAUAUACAUGUAUAAAUUAUGCAAUUGUUGUCCAAUAAUCAUCAGUACAAUAACGUUCAGUUUUAAAUAUCCAUUUUCUGUGCUAAACGGUUGAAAACGCGGCUAAAUCAUGUGAUGUAGUUUUAGUGGUAUUGUUUGUAUGCCCCCGGUAUGUGGCAUAUAGCAGUUGAACUGUCCGUCCGUCUGCCUGUCAGUCAGUGCGUCCGUCCGAAAACUUACAUUGCCCAUAACUUUUGCAAUAUUGAAGAUAGCAACUUAAUAUUUGGCAUGCAUGUGUAUCUCAAGAAGCUGAACAUUUUGAGUGGUGAAAGGUCAAGGUCAUCCUUCAAGGUCAAAGAUAUGGCUUCAAAGCGGCGCAGUAGGGGGCAUUGUGUUUCUUACAAAAACAUCCCUUGUUUCGGACUGAGUUGAGAAAACAACAAAACUACGUUGAAUUAAUAUAUAACAAAUAAUCAUGCAUGCAAUUAUUCAGCUGGUGAUGAAGAAAAUGUGCCAAUAAGUGAGCAUGCAACGUAAUUACGACCCGACAAAUUAAAAAAAAGAAAAGUUGAAAGUGACUUCUUUUUAAAGUUGUGUACACAUCUGUUUAGCAAAUAUUAGAUUUGUAUGUUAUGUUGUGAUAUAUGUAAUUUUCGUAUACUGUCUCUUUAAAUUUAUAAAACGUGAUUUAUUUGGUCCAUAUUUUUACUGGAGGAUGUAGACUUCAAAUAAACACGAUGCUACAAGUACAUGUUUAUAAGUUUGUGUCUGUUAUAGUUCAGAAUUUAUUGUAAUAACCAUGGGAAUUAUGUGUAAUAAAUAUUUAAUUGGUAAA